UGAUGCUGAGAGCUGCCUGCUCAGACAACAGACACGCGAGGUCAGGAAGAAGCCGCUUAUAAAUUACCGCUUCCUCCGCGCCGCCGCCAGCGCCGAGCUUCGGGUCCUGGCUGCAGCACCGCUCGCUGGCCGGCGCCGAGUCCCGAGGACCGCGAGCUCUGAGGCCGAGCCCAGACUAGAGGGAGCGCCGAGCGCGGACCCCGCGGGCCAGAGAUCGAGCCGGCUGGCAGCCCUCGGUGAGCGGAACCGACUGCAGCCGAGUGCAGCGCCGCGGCCGCCCCAGGUCCAGAGCGACAGCGCUUUGUGAGGAGCCUCCAAAACAAAGCGAGAAGGACAUGGCCACCAAGGAGAAGCUGCAGUGUCUCAAAGACUUCCACAAGGAUAUCCUGAAGCCAUCCCCAGGGAAGAGCCCAGGCACACGGCCUGAGGAUGAGGCUGAGGGGAAGCCCCCGCAGAGGGAGAAGUGGGCCAGCAAGAUUGACUUUGUGCUCUCCGUGGCUGGUGGCUUCGUCGGCUUGGGCAACGUCUGGCGGUUCCCGUACCUCUGCUACAAAAAUGGUGGAGGUGCAUUUCUCAUACCAUAUUUCAUUUUCCUGUUUGGGGGCGGCCUGCCUGUGUUUUUCCUGGAGGUAAUCAUAGGCCAGUACACCUCUGAAGGGGGCAUCACCUGCUGGGAAAAGAUCUGCCCCUUGUUUGCUGGCAUCGGCUAUGCCUCCAUUGUGAUUGUGUCCCUCCUGAAUAUAUACUACAUCAUCAUCCUGGCCUGGGCCACGUACUACCUGUUCCAGUCCUUCCAGUCGGAGCUCCCCUGGGCAAACUGCAACCACAGCUGGAACACACCCCAGUGCUUGGAAGACACCUUGCGCAGGAACAAGAGCCUGUGGAUCUCCCUCAGCACCACCAACUUCACCUCCCCCGUCACCGAGUUCUGGGAGCGUAAUGUGCUGAGCUUGUCUUCUGGAAUUGACGAACUGGGCGCUCUGAAGUGGGACCUUGCUCUCUGCCUUCUCCUCGUCUGGCUGGUCUGUUUCUUCUGCAUCUGGAAGGGCGUCAAGUCCACCGGCAAAGUCGUCUACUUCACCGCCACUUUCCCGUUUGCUAUGCUCCUGGUGCUGCUGGUCCGGGGACUGACGCUGCCCGGUGCAGGUGCAGGCAUCAAGUUCUAUCUGUACCCCGACAUCAGCCGCCUGGAGGACCCACAGGUAUGGAUCGAUGCUGGGACCCAAAUAUUCUUCUCCUACGCCAUCUGCCUGGGGGCCAUGACCUCGCUGGGGAGCUACAACAAGUACAAGUACAACUCGUACAGGGACUGUAUGCUGCUGGGAUGCCUGAACAGUGGUACCAGUUUUGUGUCUGGCUUCGCAAUUUUUUCCAUCCUGGGCUUCAUGGCACAAGAGCAAGGGGUGGACAUUGCUGAUGUGGCUGAGUCAGGUCCUGGCCUGGCCUUCAUUGCCUACCCGAAAGCUGUGACGAUGAUGCCGCUGCCCACGUUUUGGUCCAUCCUUUUUUUUAUUAUGCUUCUCUUGCUUGGACUGGAUAGCCAGUUUGUGGAAGUGGAAGGACAGAUCACAUCCUUGGUUGAUCUUCACCCAUCCUUCCUAAGGAAGGGUUUCCGCCGGGAAAUCUUCAUCGCCUCCAUAUGUUGUGUCAGCUACCUGCUGGGGCUGACCAUGGUGACGGAGGGUGGCAUGUAUGUGUUUCAGCUCUUUGACUACUAUGCAGCUAGCGGUGUAUGCCUUUUGUGGGUUGCAUUCUUUGAAUGUUUUGCUAUUGCCUGGAUAUAUGGCAGUGAUAACUUUUAUGACGGUAUUGAGGACAUGAUCGGCUAUCGGCCUGGGCCCUGGAUGAAGUACAGCUGGGCCGUGGUCACUCCGCUUCUCUGUCUCGGAUGUUUUAUCUUCUCUCUUGUCAAGUACGUACCCCUGACUUACAACAAAGUCUACGUGUACCCCAACUGGGCCAUCGGGCUGGGCUGGAGCCUGGCCCUGUCCUCCAUUGUGUGCGUCCCCUUGGUCAUGGUCAUCCGCCUCUGCCAGACGGAAGGGCCAUUCCUCGUGAGACUCAAGUACCUGCUGACCCCGAGGGAACCCAACCGUUGGGCCGUGGAGCGAGAGGGGGCGACGCCCUACAGCUCCCGCAUGUCCGUUAACAGCGCGCUCAGGAAACCAACCCACAUCAUAGUGGAGACCAUGAUGUGAGCUCUCUCCCAGUCGACGGGCUGCUUUCCUGCUGUUUACUAACAUUAGAUUCUUAUAGGACCAGGUUUACAGAGCUUUAUAUUUGCACUAGGAUUUUUUUUUAAUUGUCACAGAAAAUGUGUGUGUGUGUGUGUGCGUGUGUGUGUGUGUGUGUGGUGUUGUGUGUAUGUGUAUUUUGUUUUGAUUUGGGGAUAUUUUGUACAAAAAGUAUACCCACGGGCAGCUGCCCGGGGUGAGGCACAGCUUUCAUAUGGAAUUAGAUGUAUUUUAUGGGAACUUGGUCAAUUUUUCUUUGUAUUUUUUUUAACAUAUAACUGUGUAGACACGUAGAGAUUGUCCUACACUUUUACCACUUGAAUUGAUCUUGCCAGCAAUAGAUCUUGUUUUCAAAAGCAAUUCUUCGGUGCUGUGUAGCUGGCAGAAAGUUCUGCCCCCAAAAUGCAGGGUGGAAUUUUCCUGGGACAGCAGACCCAUUUUAAAGGUGUAGUACCUUACCAGCCUGGUUCAAGCGAAGCAAACAGCUAUCUGGCCAGACCCCGAAGGGGCUGGAGAAAGGAAGGCUGUCAGGAGACGCCUCACGACACUUGUCUUAGCCAACAAGAGAGAUGCCAAAAUAAUGAACCAACCCCUCAAAUAUAAAGGGACUCAAAGCCCACAGAUGAGGCCCAACAGGAAAAGUCUGAUGCUAAGAGCACUGGGAACCAUUGCAUCAAGAGCAGAGUCCCUUUUACUUCGAGUUUGAGGGGUGGAUAGCGAGAAGGACCGUGAGAACCAUCCGUGUGCGAGGGGGCGGCGUCCUUCCUGGGGCGUCCCAGGGAGGGAGUGGAGGCUGCCCAGCAGGAGCCGGGGGUCUCAGGGCUGCAGACCUCACACAGAUGGGGCUCUCGCCUGGAUGGGGAUUCCGAUCAGGUUCUGGUUGUUCCCCCAGCCGACAUCUCUCGCAGCUGCUUGUAGGGGAAGCGUGGCAUACGUAUUUGGUGAGGGGCGAGGGGUGAGCAAGUGGACCAAAGGACGUGGCCCCAGGCGCCCGGGACCUGACUUGGGGGAGGGGGCGGUGCUCUUCUUUCCUCAGCUCUCCACCCUCAGCUCUGUAUUCAUCUCUCAGAGGCUCUUGUUGAAGACCCCAGCCCGGGGCCGCCCUGGCGCCUAGCAGGGAGUGCCAGGAGCGAGCUUUCAUGGGGGCGAGGUGCUCCCCAAACUUUCCUGCAAAUUCAGGCACAAGUACAACCCGCGCUGGUAACCUGGGAGAUAAGGAAAGUCUUUAUUCCCCCUUCCCCACAAAAGCUGGGGUCGGGUAUGCACUAUGUGGGUGAUCGAGGUCAGGAGGUGAGUCAGGGUUGUUCGGGGGGCAGGCACCCCAGAACCGGCGUUCCUCCCUGAACCAGGACGGAAGGUGCUCCACCUUUAAAAUCCCAAGUACGGACACCCCUCCACCCAGCCCGCAUUUGGAUCUAAACGGUGCCAUUUAAACAGAAACUUCCAAGUUCAGGGUCUAAAGUAAACUGAAACGUUGUCACGCGCAAACGGCAGUGACUGCCUCGGGGGGGGGGGGGGGGCGUGGAGAGCAGGAUCCAGCUCUGGUGUUCAGAGCAGGGGCUCUCUGAAUCCUGGGACCCCCUCCCCAAAUCCGGGCAGGGGAGGCGUCUCGGGUGUCCCCCUCCCAAGGGGCAGAGACGAUUCUGAACCUCUCGUCUUCAGCAAGCAUUCACAGUCUGCUGUCUCCAAAACAUACACCCUGCCAAACAGCACCCAAUCCUAUUCCAAACCGUCAGCAAGUCUGUGUGCCUGUUUUACGAUGCAUUUAUGGUUGCUACUGUGUCUGAUUGGAUUGUAUUGUUUUUGGUUUUUUUCCUAAUUUUAUCAAGUAGGAAUGUGACCUGUUCUCCUUUGUCUUACGGAACUUUAGUAAACUAACCACUGUUGAUGACUGGGGACAGGUUACGUGCGGGGGUGACGAGGGCCACAAUGUUUCGGGUUGGUAGGCAAAUUGCAACAUUCUGGAAAUGGCCCGAAAAAGGCCUCUUCUUAUAAGAUUCCCAGACCAAAUUCUAGACCAAAGACACAUGCAGACCAAGCCCCCAGGCCCCGCCUGGAAGGGAGGUCAGCCACUUUCCCAAGCCUGGUCCUCGCCCAUCUCCCGGAGCACCUGUCUCCACUUGUGGCCCUCCUGUCUGAUACCCUGGCUCUUGUGUAUCAGCAGACUCUGCUCUAUGAGUACAAUGUGUAAUGGUGUGUGACUUCUAUGACUCCACAUAAAGGAAACUUGUCAUUGGAGCUCACGACUCUGGUCCGCCUGUCCCUGGGCAGUCCCCCAUCCAUGCUCUGCCUGGGAUGGGUUGGAAAUUCUGAUGCUUGCAGCCAUAUCUGGAAGGGAUGCAAGAGAGAGGUUUAAAGGAUGUUUUUAGCAUGCAGAAAUGGGUAAUGGCCCCAGGAUAAUCUCACCUGGGGAGAUGCUCUGUCCAGCUGGGCCUGGGCCCUGUUAGUCCCUAUGGUGGAACCGCAGGGCCACUGAUAGAGAGGCUUCCUGGGCCCCCCCCCCCCCGGUCAGCACCCUCGUUGUCAAAGGGGCGUGUUCUCCCUGAAGACCAAAGACCAGCCUUUAUGAAAAAGGACAUGCUCCGUUCAUCCCUGAACUCUGGGGACGCGGUGAGCUGCAACCCACCCUGUGACCAUGCUCAUGGGCCAGCUGGAUCCCAAGCUAUGGCUUAGUGGGACGGGAACACCGGUCCACCCGGCAGCCUCCCCUCAGCAGCCGUCUGGAAGCGAGGCACUGAGACGUCUGUUGCACCACAGGAAACUGAGGGGUCCAGGCAGAGCCCCUCAGACAGCAUUUAGCCUGAGGCCACGUGGGAAAUUCCCAGGUGGCCGGAAGUGGCCUUGGAUGAUUUCUGGGCCAUACACAGCUCCCUCUCUGUAGCUCCGGUCCCACAUUCUCACCCCAGAUCCCCAGCACACCCCAAGAUGGUGGGGAGACAGAGGGGAGAGGGAGCCCCCCUCAGCCUAGCCCAGAGUGUUCUUGUGUCCCCAGGUGCCACCGCACGGUGGUCAGGGCCCCAGCCAACAUCUCCCAGCACUACCCCUCCAGCUGGGGCAAUGCUUUGGGCAGCCAGUGCUCCAGCAGGCGUGCCUCCCUUCCGCACCAAGCCUCAGACACAGUCUGGGAAAGGACCCAAGAGAAACCCCCUCAAGGCGGCUACAGGUCCCAUCCAGCCCUCAAACCCAAGGUCAGGUGGGCCAGGCAAGGCUGUCCACGUGGAUGCUAUGAAUAUCACUGUGCAAAAAUCCAGCAAGCACAAACCCACAAAACAACAAAGCUCAGACAUCAAAACUUGGAGAGGGGUGUAGGUACCCAGCAGCCAGGAAAUAGCAUUCCCCCCUCCUCUGUGCUCCCUCUCAGUGCCAGGCUUUCAGACUGCAGCUCGGAAGCUGGGUUUCAUUGUUCUCUUAUGGGUGUCACUACAGACUAUUCUGCCGUGUUCCCUGAGGGAUUGGAGCAUCUUGUUAUAUACUUGGCUUCAAAUUGAGAUGUUGGCUUAAUUUUCUUUUUUAAACCCAAUUAAUUUUCGAAUCCUAGCAACUGUGACUGUAUUUAGCACAAGAGAAUGCUGAGAAUGUGGGUCUUGCUUCCUUCCAGAAAUAUGUCUGGCUCACCAGAACUUUUUUUGAAACUUCAAAAUAUUUUUAAGAUAUUUUAAACUUUUGUAAAAAAAAAAAAAUCAACCAACAAGAGACUCUUCUGAGGAGGAGCAUUUGUAUUUGAAUAAAAUCCUUGGUGUGUAAUUCAGUCUUGCAGUAUACAAGCUUUUAUGUAUAAAUGUUUUCUGUUAUGAAUCCCUGUAUUUUGCAGGGGUUUUCUUUUCCUCUUUGGCUUUUUAGAUAAAUAUG